AAACCUAAUUUGUCUUAAAUUUCCUAAUCAAAUUUUAAAAUUUGAAGAAACUAAUUCGAAAAAUCAAAAUUUGUCUACUAAAAGCUUUACUGCUGCUGCCGGCGUCACCACUGGCGAACGCCACUGCAGAAGAAACGGUCCACCACCACCACCACUACCGCCGCCACGAUUUUUAAGGCUUUAGAGAAGAGUUUGUAAGUUAUGUAACUGAAAAAACAUUCUGGCUCGUUUUAUUUCGCAAAGUUCAAUUCGUUUUCAUUUCUUUUAUUUGUGUUGAUUUUGUCGGCUACAACAGUGAUGGGAGUGAUAAAAAACGGCACCGUUUCUGGGAAUUUGCCCAGCAAUGAGACCUUUGCUGUUCACUAUCCGGGCUAUCCUUCUUCAAUUUCACGUGCCAUCCAAACGCUUGGAGGAACUGAGUCAAUUCUCAAGGCCCGUAGUUUAAAAUCUAACAAGUUGGAGCUCCAUUUUCGCCCUGAGGAUCCAUAUUCACGUCCUACAUUUGGAGCACUUAAUCCUUGUAACAGCUUUCUGUUAAAAAUAUCUAAAAUUAAGUCUUGUGAUGGCCAAAGUGCUGGACCAUCUAGCAAGAUGUUGGAACAUUCAUUGUCUGAGGCAACUAAGGAUGAAAAUAGCCAAGUAGGUCAGCCUGAAAGUGAACCAGUUGCUGCUGGCAAAGAAGUUGAUGUGCAGGUAUCAGAAGAAGACCGUGUAAACCUUUCUGCUGAUAUUGUUGCUAGGGUCUCUGAGGCUUACUCUUUUGAUGGAAUGGCUGACUACCAGCAUGUUGUUGCCAUUCAUGCUGAUGUUGCUUGGAGGAAAAAAAGAAAUUGGACAGAAAUGGAGGAGCAACAUUGUGAAAAGGAUGCUUUCAUAAAUCUGGACGAGGAUGAUGUGAUGAUGAUGUUGCCCCCAUUCUUUGCACCUAAGGAUAUGCCAACAAAUUUAGUAUUAAGACCAUCAGCCCUUCCUAGCUCAAAAAAGAAAGAAGAGGAAGUUGUGCAAAACCCUCGUGAGAUGGACAUAACUUCAGGUCUUGCAAUUGAUUUUAACAUUAAAGAGAUUCCCGAAAAAGUAAACUGGGGGGAAAUCAUAUCCCGAGAUUCUGAGCAAUGGAAGUGGCAGAUGGCUGUAUCUAAGCUCUUUGAUGAACGGCCUAUAUGGCCUAAAGCAUCUCUUAUUGAGCGGUUGCUUGAUGAAGGUCUAAAAUUUAACAGGCUAAUGCUUAAAAGGCUUCUACUUGGAAAUGCAUACUACUUUUCUAAUGGACCCUUUCUCAGGUUCUGGAUCAGAAAAGGGUAUGAUCCUCGCAAAGAUCCAGAAUCUCGCAUAUAUCAAAGAAUUGAUUAUCGAGUAAAGCCACAAGUACGGAGCUAUUGUGAGUCUAACGCAGGUGCUAAAUUGAAGAAUAGAUGGAAAGAUUUAUGUGCAUUCAAAGUGUUUCCUACCAAAUGCAGUACAUCAUUACAACUAUUUGAACUUGCUGAUGACUACAUUCAACAAGAGAUAAGAAAGCCUACGAAGGAAACAACUUGCUCUUUGGAAACAGGAUGGUUCUCAAGGCAUGUGCUUGCUCUUAUAAGAAAGCGUGUUGAGGUUAGGUUUCUGUCAGUGUACCCUGAACCGGGUGCUGGGAACUUACUGAAAACUGCUUCAGACCGCUUUGCUAAGUUAAAGAAGAUUUCAUUUUUGAGUCAUACUUUAAAACCUGAUCAAAAGGGACACCAGCAUGUGAAUAAAGGUGACAAAGAUAAAGAAAAAUGUGAAAUUCUUGGUGAUGAGAAUGAAGAUAGGAUAGAGGAAGUUGAGGAUGAAGAUAGAAUUGAGGAGGAUGAGGAAGAAGAAGAUAGAAUAGAGGUUGAUAACAGUGAAGAUGAAUCAGAUGCAGAAGCGCUGGAUCUGGUCAAUGAGGAAGAAGAAAUCCCUUUUCAAUCUCAUUCAUAUGCAGAUUGGGGGAACAACUCAAAAUUAUAUUUACAAGAGCUUUUUGGGAGUUUUCCAUCCGGUGAAUUUGGUGGUGACAAUAAACAAGACGACAAUGCCAGCGAUGGGGAAUUUCAGACUUAUGAGCCAGAUAGCGAUGGUGGUUAUUCUGAUGACGACGGCAACUAACUUUUGAUUCUACCAGUUAAUAUAGAGGUACUGAAGUUUGAAUGGGUAAAGGGUUCAUAUGGAGAGAGCUUUUGAGGAACAAUAAAAAUACAGGACUAAUAUGCAAGAAUUUAACACUUGUGGGUAAGCAUUUUAGCUAAAAAAUAAAAAA